AUGUCUUCAACAGUGAAUCAAAUAGCGCAAAAAUUCAAAACAUUCUACAAAGAAAUCGAUACGCAAAUGAACCGACUGAACAAAACUGAUGACGUGAAAAUGUUGAAGAAAAAAGAUUACUCACAGUCGUCUUCGAAUAAUCUCAGCGAGUUGUUAAAAACUGCGAGUGAGUUUGACAACAAAAUUGAAGAUUUGAAGAAGAAAAUUGUGCAGCGAAGAAUGAAAAACUCUUCAGUGGAGUCAAACGUGCCACCAAUUUGGAAUAGAGCUAAACUAUGUCAUUAUAGCAACUACAUUACUGGAAUCAUUGAUGAAGUUUUGCUUUCUGGUAAUGAGAUUGUUGAAGAGCCUGAAACUGACGACCAGCAUUGUCAGAAUAAAGAAAUUUCAACAACAAAACAAAUUGCAAAAUCAAUUUUGAAGUCACAAAAAUCAAAGCCAAGCAAACGAAAUGUGGCAACAAAUGUGAAAUUUCAACUGCAUGCGCCCAAAGUAACUUCAAUCACAUCUCAAAAGAAACCGAAAGCCAUGAACAAAGUUGAUCAAAAGAAUUUUCAAAUUGAAUUGCAAUCAAAAUUUAAUCUCGAUUCGUCAAGUGGAACAACAUUUCCAUGUCGAAUAGAAAAAAUGCCAAACAAUGAAGUUUCAGUAUCAAAAUCGAGUGAAAUUCAACCACAAAGCACUCAAUCAGAAUUGAAGUUUUCGCCAAUUACAGUGACAUCGACAUCAGGUCGGAAUUUAGCAGCCAUCAAGUCCAAUAAUGACGAUGAUGUGGUGAAUGUAAUCGACAGCCGCCUAGCAACGGAAAACAUUGGAAAUGCCAAACAUUUAAGUGCGCGGUUGCUGCCUGCUUUGUCGAUUCCAGGCUCGUGUGUUAUUCAGAAAAUUUAUCAACUGGAAAUUUCCCCUUCGCGAGAAGUUUCGAGUACUGCAGCGAUUGACGACAAUGCGAAUAUCAGAUUUUUUGAAUUCGAUCAUCAAUCAGAAUUUCGACCAUCGGUUGAGUUUCCACCAAAACCAGAUGAAGAACCUGAAGAUGCUGAAGAUGAGAAUCAUCAAAGAAGUCUCGUUCAUGUUGAAGACGUCAAUAAAUUUCUGAAUAACUUUGCAGUUCAUUUGCGAGAUGGAAAGUUUCAUGUCGUGGUUGAAGACACUCGCAAGAGAAGAAACAAUAAAAGGACAAAACAUAGAAAAUCUCUCGUUAAGCCAACAGUAUUAAGGAAAUCUGCUAAGGAUGAGCUUGAAGCGCCAGUGAAUGUAACUGCUGACAGCCGUGAUAAUGAGAAGAAAAUCAAUAUUUGCGCUUCCAAUUUCAAUGGAGAUGAAAAAUGCGAUGAAAUGGAUGAGAAAGAUUCAUCAAUGUCAUCAUCAAUAACUGAUGAUGGGAAACUUCGUCAAAUUUUGAAGAUAAAUCGCAACGAUGAAGAGAAACGGAGGUUCGAAGGUCAACGUUCAUCGACCGAAAGUUAUCCGAUAUCGUCGAGUAACAACGAAAGUUUGAAGUUGAAUGAAUCCACUCGUUUGGUGACACAAAACUUCCAAUCGAUUUACAAGUUAAUUGAAGACACAUUUCAGUCCAAUGUCGAAGCGGAAGCAGUUAAGGAAAUCAAUGAAAGCGAAAAGGAAAUUGACGAUGGGAUGAAUGGGAUGAAAGAAAUUAUAAGAAUGUCGGAGGAAAGCAUCAAACGUGCGGGAGUUUUACUUGGGAAAUAUCAACAGAGACCUGAAGAUUCUCAAUCAGUUGGUGUUGAAGGAAAGGAAAAGCCAGUCGAUGCUUCGGCGGAAGUGACGCGUGAAGUGGAAGAAGUGAAGAUAACAAAUGGAAGUGAAUUGAAAGAUGUUAGGAAAAUGCGGAAUCAAGAAAUUCAAGUGGAUGAAAAUAAUUUCAACAAUGAACGCUUUAAAGCUUCGACAGCCACACACGAUGUGAAGGCAAAGAAAUCAACGACUGAGUCGAGUAUUCAAACUGCAGAAGACAAGAAAAAAUCAACGACUGAGUCGAGUAUUCAAACUGCAGAAGACAAGAAAGUGCAAACUGAUGACGGAAAUCUCAAUCGGAGGCCGCAGCAAUUUUUCGGUGCUGUUUAUGAAAAAUUUUCUAAUUUCAAUUACAUAAACUUCCAUCAAACUCCGACAUCAAAACCCAAACACGAGUCAUGUCGUUGCUUCACAUGCGAUGAUAAAAGAAACUUUCAAGUUGUCGACACUUUUGAGAAAUUGUCAAUGCCUUCAGGUGAAUUAUCGCCAACUUCCAUUUCUCCCAUUUCAUCGUCCAAGAAAUUGUUUUCAGUUCCUUUCAAUCCGAUUUAUUCAGGUGACGAUGAAGUGAUGAAAGCAGCCGAGAAAUUUCUUCGUUCAGUUGAGAAACGCAAGAAACAGAAGAAUGGAAGUGAACACUCAAGUUCCAGUGGAUUCUCGCCACAAAAUAUUCAUUCAACAAGAAGUUCUUCAUCGAUAUCAUCACCAUCAAGUGAAUUGCUCAAUAACUUGAUGAACACUGCAGUUUCCUUCGAUGAUCCUCCACGUCCUUGUCCCCGCACUAAUCUCGCUAACCAAUUGAAUGAAGUUGCAAUAACAAGCGAAGAAUCUCCGUCACGUUCACAUCCAAGUCAUCCAAGAAAUUGGAGAGAUAAUCACGAAAUUCAUGAACGUUAUUUGUCUGAAGGUGAAGUGUUGAGUCAGGGCGAGAUCUCGUUUGUAUUAAGUGAAGAUUGUUCAUUGAACGAUGAUGACUUCUAA